AUGACAUUGAACACUUGGGACAAUCACUUCAUUUGCUUCUCCCCGAACUCCAUCCAUGCGCUGCGCAACACCUCAGAGCUAAUGGAGGGAGCAUCCCAUGAUGACUGUGGCUCGACCCGCUUUUUACUGGAUCGUGACAGUGGGUGGAUAGUUGGGCCCAAAGAUCGGCUGUUAUUCUGGGUGCCACCCGCUUCUCGCCACCCAUUUUAUAGCCCUCAGACUGCAUUGGUGAUACCUAGAGGAGGUGCUGAGCUUGAUUUGAGCCGCAUGGCACAUGGACAACAUUGGCAGAGGUGUCGAGAGGAGAUUUCAGAUACAAUUUAGACGCGACAGCAAUUGUACAGUGUAUCAUACAUUGUAUUCUAUUCUAUACCUAACAUCCAGUCCACGAGCGAACCAUUUAUUGAAGAGCUGACUGCGUGACUC